AGAGAGAGAGAGAGAGAGUGUGUGUGUGUGUGUGUGUGUGAGAGAGAGAGAGAGAGAGAGAGAGAGAGAGAGAGUGUGUGUGUGUGUGUGUGUGUGUGUGUGUGUGUGUGUGUGUGUGAGUGAGAGAGAGAGAGAGAGAGAGAGAGAGUGUGUGUGUGUGUGUGUGAGAGAGAGAGAGAGAGAGAGAGAGAGAGUGUGUGUGUGUGUGUGUGUGUGAGAGAGAGAGAGAGAGAGAGAGAGAGAGAGAGAGUGUGUGUGUGUGUGUGAGAGAGAGAGAGAGAGAGAGAGAGAGAGAGAGAGAGUGUGUGUGUGUGUGUGUGUGUGUGUGUGUGUGUGUGUGUGUGUGUGUGUGUGUGUGUGAGAGAGAGAGAGAGAGAGAGAGAGAGAGAGAGAGAGUUCUGUUCUAGCGUCACUUCAUCUGCGGCGUCGCGCACUAACGAUUUUCUCCUCCUAUCCUGCAUCCGUUUCUAUUGCACGACUUCUCCCCUUGGAGCCACACGUCUGCACACACCUUCUUUUGUAACUCGAAGCGGAAACACAUACAGUCUUUUCUGCUCCUCCUUGUAAACAAGAGACCAUGGGGAAACAGAACAGCAAGCUGACCCCUGAGGCGCUGGAUGACCUGGUAAAGAGCACAGAGUUUAAUGAGCAUGAGCUAAAGCAGUGGUACAAAGGCUUCCUAAAGGACUGCCCCAGUGGCCGCCUCAACCUUGAAGAGUUCCAGCAGCUAUAUGUGAAGUUUUUUCCUUAUGGUGAUGCAUCCAAGUUUGCCCAACAUGCAUUUCGGACCUUCGACAAAAAUGGAGAUGGCACCAUCGACUUCAGAGAGUUUAUCUGUGCUCUGUCCAUUACAUCCCGUGGCAGUUUUGAACAAAAACUCAAUUGGGCCUUUAACAUGUAUGACCUGGAUGGAGACGGCAAGAUCACACGAGUGGAAAUGCUGGAAAUUAUUGAGGCGAUCUACAAAAUGGUGGGUACUGUGAUCAUGAUGAAGAUGAAUGAGGAUAGCCUUACCCCUGAGCAACGGGUUGACAAAAUCUUCAGCAAGAUGGAUAAGAACAACGAUGACCAGAUCUCUUUGGAGGAGUUUAAAGAGGCAGCAAAGGGCGACCCAUCCAUCGUAUUACUGCUGCAGUGUGAUCUGCAAAAAUAAGAGUGGCAUCUGAGUGAACGCCAGAGACUGCACCGAAGAUCAAUGUUCCAUUCAGUUUUCAGCUAUUACCACUGAAAAAAAAAUUGCUUGGACUACCUUUCAAUAGAUCUGCUUCCUGUGUUUGAAACACUUGUGUGAAUGAGAAUGUUCUUUGCAAACCAAUUUUAGACAUGCACGGACAGAAGCACACACCUCCUCACACACAUACAUGCACAGUAGAGGCUCUCACAGACAGACAGAGGGACAGACAGACACACACACACACACACACACACACACACACAAAUAAUAGUUCAGAAAGAUAUAAUACAUACAUAUAGUUAAAAUAAACUGCCAGUAUGUGAAGUGGGAGAACAUGCGUUCCAUAAAGUCUUAUUCACUUGGAAAUUUAGCAUUACUGAUGUUCUGUACUAAAAUAAUUAAUCUAUUUAUUGUACAACAUUACCAAUGCAAGCUAAGUGUAUCAUAAUACUGUUUAAUAUCAAACAAAACCAGGUCCACUGAUAAUAGAAACUAUUUCAGAUUUUCCAUUUAUAUAUCGUCUGAGCAAACAUUUACAUAUAUAUUCAUACAGAAAAGUGAAGGCCUGUUUACUAUGAUAUGCAAAGUCGAGGGAUAUAUUUUAUAAUUUAUUCAUUAGUUUGAACUUAUCGAUACUCAGAUAAUUAUUCACAACCUGUACAGUAUUUAUUUUACUGUGCAACAAAUGAACAUAGCUAAAAAAAAAAAUACAGAUUAAAGGUUAUACAGUAUUUAAAACAUAUGUAUACUAUAUAAAGUAUGUAUACUCUAAUGGUCCGAUUACACUGCUUGUGAAAAAAGCAUAAAUUACUCUUAUGGGCAGUACGGUUUUAUUUCUAUAAUUGGAAUGCCCUUAGACUGAAUAUUUUGCCGUAUACACUGCAUAUCACUUUGCAUAUGGAUUAGACAUGCUGCUCUCUUACAGAGCUUUUCAGAUGUUGUUCCUGUCACAUUCAACUUGACAGACACUAUGAGAGUAUUACAGUAAAAUGGUGUAUUUUGCUCAAAAUAUGGUAUUUUAUUGUCUACCCCAGUUUAUUUUUUAAUCUUGCAUAUAACAAAGUAUGAGGGUUUAGGAAAACAAAUAAAAAGUAAAUUGUCGGUGACAAAUUUAGAAACUUUUUUCCUAGUCUGCAUUGUCUAUUCAGCUGCGAAUGUCAAACAAGCUUCAUUUGAUGUAAACACUAUUUAUGUUAUUAAUUAAAGCUUUACACAUACUGUUUGACAUAAAUGUUUACAGACUCACCUGCCACCAAAUCUGUGCAAUGGCUUUUUUAAUUUUGGAGAUUAUUUUGUAAAUGUUGCAUGUAUACAGUAUGUGCCCCUUAUAC